GCGCCUCUUGCCCCGCCUACUGGGUUACCGAAGUCCAGCGGCGGGAGGUGGAAAGCGGUGUUAACUUUUAUUUUUCUUUGGCGGCAGUUUGGCCUUUUAAGAAUCAUCUGUGGUUUAAAAGCCAGGAGAAUCUGGAAAGGGGCCGUCACUCCUAGCCCUCUUUUCCUCCGAGUUUGCUACUCUCUGGGCCAAGAUGGACAAAGUUUGUGCUGUCUUCGGAGGCUCUAGAGGCAUUGGGAGGGCAGUGGCCCAGUUAAUGGCCCAAAAAGGCUACCGACUGGCCAUCAUCGCCAGAAAUCUGGAAGUGGCCAAAGCCGCCGCCGGUGAGCUCGGCGGAGAUCAUUUAGCAUUUAGCUGUGAUGUUGCCAAAGAACGUGAUGUUCAAAAUACAUUUGAAGAGGUGGAAAAAAAUUUAGGUCGAGUUAAUUUCUUGGUAAACGCAGCUGGAAUUAACAGGGAUAGCCUUUUAGUAAGAACAAAAACUGAAGAUAUGAUAUCUCAGCUUCAUACUAACCUCUUGGGUUCCAUGCUGACUUGUAAAGUUGCCUUGAAGACUAUGAUUCAACAGCAGAGAGGGUCUAUUGUUAAUGUAGGAAGUAUUAUUGGUUUAAAAGGCAAUUCUGGCCAGUCUGUGUACAGUGCAGGUAAAGGAGGACUAGUUGGAUUUUCACGUGCUCUUGCUAAAGAAGUAGCAAGAAAGAAAAUUAGAGUGAAUGUAGUUGCACCAGUCACUGUUACAGGGAUCUGCCUCCACUAGCCACCAUAGCCAGUCAAUCAAGAGGUAUCUCCUGGGCGGCAGCUGCAAAAACCAGGGUGCCAGACAUUUGCACAAGCUUCUUUCUGAAAAUACUAGUGACCCGGAGCGAGGCAGAGGGUGAGCGUAGAGAUGGUUGGUACUCAGCAGCCUUAGUCUUCAGAUUAUUUCAGUAUACCCCUGGAUGUUUAUUAAAUUAGGUGUCUACCACUCAGGCUGAUGCUUUAAGAUAAGCAAAUAGGCUUCUUUCAUAGAAAGACUGGUCCCUAGGGUGGGUGACCCUGUUGGAGCCUUUCAGGACUAUUUGUCAGAUUGUUAUAGCCUUGUGGUCUUGUGGCUGUAGGCCCCACUAGCUUGUGAAGCUAGAUAUUCUUGGGGCUUGUCUCUCGGGUGCAGGUCUUAAAAGUUGGGGGUACUAAUAAAAUCUUUAAAAAAAGUUGGGGUACUCAUGUGUUCAAAUCCUUUGAUCCUGAGACUGAAGUCUAGGAUUUUGAGUUCCCUCUUGAUUGUAGGUUACUGUGUCAGGGGCGGCAUUUAGGGCAAGAUUGUGUUAUAGCCUCUUACAUGUGUUUGAUGUGGGUUGUCUCAUUUGCCUAAUGUGUAGCAAUCAGUUGGUUAGUUUUGGGGUUUCUUUUAGAAGAAAUUGUUAUGUAUGUUGUUGAUUUGGUGUGUCUGUGGGAGGAGGUGGAUUCAGGAUCCUGUCAUCCAUCUUGAACCAGAGCUCUAUUUAAUUUCAUAGAUGUCAAGAGAGGGCAUAUGGUUUGGGGUCACAGUAUACUUUCCCCAUAGGGCAUCACAGGAACCAACAUUAUUUACAUGCAUAUAGGCAGAAUUCUAAGAUGGAUCCCAGUAUUCCCGCCUCCUGGUGGACACACACCUUCUCUCAGUUAUCCAAUCAAACACAAAUUUAGGUGUUGCUUUGGAGAGAUUUUAAUUAUAUUAAAAAAAAAUCAGGUCAUUUUAAGAAAGAGGGGUAUUCACUUGGGCUUGACCUAAUCAUGUGAUCCCUUAGAAGGGGCUGGGCCUCUGACAAGAUCAAGGCAUGAGAAGGAUCCAUUCUGAGGGAGAUUCUCUUUGCUGGUCUUGAAGAUGGAGGGGAUGACGUGGCAAGGAAUGCAGACGGCCUGUAGGAGUUGAGAGUGCCCCCCUAGCCAACAGAUUACAUUGAGGCCUCUAGCCUACAACUGCAAGGAGAUAAAUUUUGUCACAACUCCUUGAACUUGGAAGAGCUCCAGAUGAGAAUGUAGUUCAGUGGAUGUGCUGAUGUUAGCCUAGUAAGACUCAGAGUGCAGAACCCAGCCCUUCUGACCUAUAGACCUGUGAGCUAAGUUUAUACUAAUUUAUGACAUAAGCAACAGAAAACUAAAACAACGGAGUGUUUUGCUUCACAAAAUUGCAACUAUUAUUUGUUAAAUAUUUAUUGAUGUUAAAUCCACAUUACACCAGCACAACAAUCCAAAUAGUAGUAUGAUAGUACUUUUUUAUAAAUACAACAUAAAAGGUGGCAAAUAAUGCUACUCAAUCCCAAACCCAGCAAAUUAGCAAACAGUCACAUUCAGAAAAAUUUGGCAAGUAAGAUAGGAUGUUAAGUCAUAAUUCUACGAUAUAGCUAGGUCCAUGAAAGACUUUGUAUGGUAUCUUAAAUUCCAUAUUAGCAACGCAUACAAGUGUGGUCAAAGAAACUUGCACUACUCUGCAAAGAACAUCUGCCACCCAGUGAUCAAGCCUAUUAGUCAUUUAAAGCUUGGUUGGUUGGUGUUCUUACAAAGAAGUAGAAAGCUGUACAUGUGAAGCAGUAAUAUGAAAUAUAUGGGGUGGUACACAGAUAUAAAAUUAUUUUAAAAAAUACUAUAUAUUGCAUUAACUGAGCUAAGACAGUUCAACAUUUUUAUUAUAAAUAAUGAAAGAUAUAUGUGUUUUGCAUAAGGAAUACAGUGUUUUCUUUUCAUAGCAAAGUACCAUUAAAACCUCAUGUUUUAUAAUAUAGUAUCUGGCCAAAUUGGUUUUUUUCCUCCUUUUUAAAGUUUAUUGGUUCCGACUUAAAACCAUCAAGUCUGGUCAGAAUCAUGUCAGUCUAGCUGUUGCAGGAUCAUAUGCAUUCAAAAAUCAGUCUUUGCAGAGAUGCCUUUACCAACUACCCGGAACCUAGCACCUUCUUAAGGCAAGGUUGCAUGGCAGCAUGGAAGUGAACUCAUAUUUUCCAUUCACCGUAUCAUGGUGCCAUUGGAAAAAAAUUGAUUGUGGCACAAACCUGUUUUGUCUUUCCCAAGUCUCCAUUUUCCUCCAGUAGACUAGCUCUUAUUGGCAGUUUCCUCACUGAUGCCAGUCUUGCAGUCUCGGUCCAUUUUCCACUUGCUCAACACACCUAACCUCUUCAGCAACUACACAGACUUCAGACACUGGAACUUCCAUAGCACAUGUGCUCCAAUCUCCCAGCUGACCCUAGAUCCCCUGACAUUUGAAUGGCAGUGUUUUUUUACCUAUACUUUAGGUUACUUUUUGAAAACCAAAGAAGAGCCCUCUGUCUCCUGCCUCUUCUACUUUUAUCUAAAUGAGUACAAGUGUGCUGGUAGCAUUUUCCUUCAUUCUUCCUACUCCUUCCAGACCCCUCUUUCCGCUGAAUACUAUAGGCCUUGGUCAUUUGGGUGAUUUGGAUGUCUUUUGUGGAAUGGACUGUAAUACAGUUCUGCUUUAUUUGGAAUACUUUAUAUUAUUUAUAAUUAAGUUAGCCUUUUAAUAUGGUUUGUAAGUAAGCUUCCUACCAAGGUAGCAUGAAAAGAAAAUACUACACAUAAAGAAGGUGGUUAAGAACUAAGGUAUUAACCUCGUUAGAAAGCUCUCGAUAUUAAUAAAAUUUAAGGCCAGUAAUUCCUUCCUUAUGAUUUAAUAUAAAACAAUUUUGCAAAAACAAGGCAUUUACUUGGAUUUGUCAUUUCCUCUUCCUUUCAUCCCUAUAUAUUGCACUUGGUUCACUGUAGCUGUCUGAACACACUGCCCACUUAGAAACAUUUUAGUAUUAUUGGCGGUACAUUUGCCUCCUGUUAAGCAUUCCACACGGUCAUGCUGUGUAGCACCUACCGCUAGUGUUUAAGGCACUAUGGAGAGUACAAAUUCUGGUUACCUUUGAACAGCUGAUUUCCAUUAGCCUUUCGGCAUUUCAGGUCACUUUCAUCACAGAGAUCCCACAAGUUUUAAGUCGGAUGAUGAAUGAAGAUUUUCUGUGCGAUGUGUACAUUUCUAUGAGCAUCACCUACUGAAACUCUAAGUUGGGUAUAUCAAGUAGGAAAAGUAUUAUUUUGGUGUUUAUUUCUUAUAGUCAAAGGUAUGUUUUGCCCUUUACAUAAUGUGACAAAGGAAUAUAUUGUUCAAGGCAAUGGCGGCUGUUUCAGUGUUUCAGCGUUA